AUGAGUGGACCCUCCUCGCCUGCAGCCGGCUACAACCUUAAUGGGAACGAGCGCCUUAAUGUAGAAGGAGAUGACGGAUCAAUCCGUUGGACCUUCAAGAACGACUCGUGCGUGGUCAGGGUUGACGUACCAGGUUGUCCAAGAUUACCGGUUCCAGGAGGAAACCCCCACUAUUACGAACUCCAAUCAACCCACGCGCGUUCGACAUAG